AUGUCCAAGUAUGUUCGAGACAUUCGAAAUAAACUCGAAUAUUACUACAAAAUUGCCCGCGUGAGAACUGACGAACAGAAGCAAAAAGCAAAAAUUCGCUUUGAUAGUAGAGUGUCACCCAAUUUACAAUCAUAUAAAAUUGGCGAUAAAGUCUUUGUGAAACAGUCUCAAAUUUCAAACAAACUUCAGAACAAAUUUGAUGGUCCAUUCGAAAUUACUCAAGUUUUUGAAAAUUCUGCGCUCCUUAAGAACCCGGAAACAAAUAGAAUAAGUAAAGUUAAUUUUGACAGACUGAAACCAUGUUUUGAGACUUAAUGGGUGGCGAAGAAGUUUAUGGAAUUCGGAAUCCAGGAAUAACUUCAACUAUAAAAACGAUGGUGUCACAUGGUAAAAGUGCGAUGCAUACACUAUUAUGUAUUGAUUGGAGCUUAAGUGCCGAGAACUCGGCUAUAUGGGAUGACGAAAGCAAAGUUUUUAUUGGUAGGAUACCCCUAAAACAUAUAAUGGGAUUCGCAGAAGACUACAAAAAAGGGAUUCCUAAUUUAAAGCGAGAGCUUCUGUUGGUCAUUGAACAUACUACAACAUGAACAUUCCUGAACAUAUGAUGGAUACGAUUAUUCGUUAUUGAUGGCAGCCAUCAGCCUGAUCAUCUCCAACUUUCAACUGUCGACAUAUCUUUGGAAUUUGAUGCCAGGAAAUCUGCAUUUCCAUUCCACACUAAGGUGUAUGCAUUAGUUAUUCAUGACUCAUGCAUCAGUUUCAAUGCUUUUGAUGGGUCUAUCCAAAAUGGACUUAUUCAUUCCUAUUAAAUGUUUUUGUAAGUGUGAAAUAAAACACAUUUUCUUAC